CCGGGGCCAAUCCAAGAUGGCCGUCCUGGCGGUGCACCUCCAGUCGGACGCCUUUUUGGUGGCCCUCAACCAUGCCCUGAGCACCGAAAAAGAGGAGGUCAUGGGACUAUGCCUCGGCGAGGUUGCUGUCUCCAAAGUUGUGUACAUCCGCUCAGUCAUCGUUCUUCGGCGUUCAGAUAAGAGGAAGGAUCGAGUGGAGAUUUCUCCUGAGCAGCUUUCUGCUGCUUCUGUGGAAGCAGAAAGAUUGGCUGAGCUGACUGGUCGCCCCAUUCGAGUUGUGGGCUGGUAUCAUUCUCAUCCCCACAUAACUGUGUGGCCAUCGCAUGUUGAUAUUCGCACCCAAGCCAUGUACCAGAUGAUGGAUGAGAGCUUUGUGGGACUUAUUUUCUCCUGUUUCGUGGAAGACAAAAACACCAAGACUGGCCGUAUACUCUACACUUGCUUCCAGUCCAUUCAGGCCCAGAAGAUCUCAGAGUAUGAGAGAGUUGAUAUCCCACUCCACAUUGUGCCUCAAGAUACCAUGGGGAAAGCGUCUCUUGAGGCUGCCAUUGAAUUGCCCAAGAUUCUGUGCCAGGAGGAACAAGAUGCCUACAGGAAGAUCCACAGCCUUACUCACCUGGAUGCAGUGACUAAGAUCCACAAUGGUUCAGUGUUUACCAAGAACCUGUGCAAUCAGAUGUCGGCCAUCAGCGGCCCCCUCAUGCAGUGGCUGGAGGACAGACGGGAACAUAACCGCAAGCUGCUGGUGGAAUUAGAGCAGGAGAGGAUGGCCCUGCUGGAGGAGCUUGAUAGCCUGGAUUAAGGCAGCUGGCAUAUUCUCAAUAAAAAGUACAUCUACUACAUGA